AAGGCGGAAGAUCACAAGGCAUACAAGCAUUGUUGCUUUUACUAGGGAACUUCCAAUCGCUAGUCUUGUCAAGCCUUAGUGACAGUCAAGAAUGGCGGAUUUCCUCGAAAACCUCUGGUCAUCUGUCUUCACUCCUGGCGCAACGCCGACGCUACUCAUCGCGACCAACGCUACCUUCGCCGCCUUACAAUUUCUGCUGCUUGCUCUACUGGUCGUAACGUACAGCAUUCACUUUCUUAUCCUGUCAGUACUGUGCGGCGGCUUGUGGGUCGGGAUCAAUUGGUUUGCAACCGAGCUGCAAGCCGCACAAGCGAAGGAAGAGGAAGCGGAGCGCUUGCGCAAACUGCAUGCGCCGGCCAAGGAGCCUAAGGGUAGAAGUACGGAGUGGAAGCGGAAGGAAUUAGUGGCCGACAGCGAAGCGGAUGACGAGGAGGAGGACACCGAAACAGAGACGGAGGAGAGGGGUUUGACUGACAGCAGUGUCGGUCUAGCAGAUACGGAUGCGGAGAUGAGUGUUCGAGAGCAGAUGCGAACGGCAGUAGCGGAAAAGGAAGGUGGUGAUGGCACGAGCCCGGCGAAAGCCUCUGGCGCAAAACCAGGCGAUGACAGGAGCAGGUUGAGACCGAGAAGGGUCGGUGACGGAGAUCGGAGUGGAGAGGUGAGCAGUAGUACGGAUAGCGAGUGGGAGAAAGUGGAGAGCGAGCGAUAACAGAUCUCUCGAUACUGCAGCUUUCUUUGUAUCGACUGCUCGAUGAUUACCCAGCAUAUGCGAUAUCACUGCCAAUAUACAAGAUUUUUUAGCAGUGCCCAAUGACCGUCACUUGCAUAGUAGAGUGCUGCGACUGAUACAUCUAUGACUCGCGGUGCCAAGCCCUGACCCUUCACCUCACAGUUCCGCGUGCCGACGCAAACGACGUGACAUUCGCUCCAGAUCACGGACACCAGCCACACCUCUCCUCGACACCCUCCCUUUAGUCGGAAUAUAUCAGUGUUGAUCGCGCAGCUCUGCGCGCGCAACUCCUGCCGCUAUGAAGCUCGUCAGGUAAGC